ACAGCUGUUCAUUUGGUGUCAAAUGCGUUUUCAUUACAUUUAAAAAACUGACCAAAUGUCGAUACCGCAGUGCAUGUCAAAUACUAUCGUCAAAUUUCGGGGUCAGAUGAUUGACAUUCCGUUUUCAUUAAAGGUGCCAAAUCCGAAGAUGACAUUUGAUCAGCUGAUAAGAGGAAAAUUAAUGAAGUGUGAAAUACGAAAUUAAUAAACAUAUUAAAAGAAAAGGCAAAUUACACAUAAAUAAUGAAUAGGAAAAAGACCAUCGCAAUAGCUUGUGCGGCACUUUGCUUGGUAACUACCUUAAAAGCUUGGAAAGAGAAAAGGAGGCAACUGAGGAAGGUAAAGAAGUGGUGGAUCAGACCAGGUCUGAGAAAUAGAGACCGCUGUGGGUUUUAUACUACGCUGCGUUCCAAGCUAGAAAUUCAGGACCCAAAGUGGCUGAAAAAUUUCCUCAGAAUGAAGGUAGAAGAUUUUGACUAUCUUGUGGAGCGCCUCACGCCAUACAUCUGCAAAAAAACAACGAGUUUUAGAAAGCCAAUAUCUGUCGGAGAAAGACUAGCAGUGACUUUGCGUUACUUGGCAACCGGGGAUAGUUUUUCCAGCUUGAUGACAGUUUUUCUAUUGGGGAAAACAACCAUUUGCCACAUUAUACACGAAACUUGCGCUGCACUUUAUGCGAUCUUAAAAGACGAGUUCCUAAAGAUUCCGAGCACUACGGAAGAAUGGGUAACAGUCGCUGACCGUUUUGAGCAAAGGUGGAAUUUCCCCAAUUGCUGCGGAGCACUUGACGGAAAGCACAUAGCCAUUCAAGCGCCUGCACACUGUGGAUCAGAAUAUUUUAAUUAUAAGAAGUUUAACAGUAUUGUCCUGAUGGCUAUGGUAGAUGCUGACUACAAAUUUUUGUUUGUGGAAGUCGGAGCGUAUGGUCGAGAAUCUGAUGGCGGAGUUUUCGCAAGAUGCCCACUUUCGGCAGCUCUUGCUGAUAAUAGCAUUAAUUUUCCGACUCCGAGGCCACUUCCACAUGAAGCGGACCCUAUGCCAUUUGUAAUAGUGGCUGAUGACGCUUUUCCUUUGAAAACUUACUUGCUGAAACCAUUCAGUUAUCGCGAGCAAGUUAUGUCAUAUAAAAUAUUCAAUUACAGGCUAUCACGAGCAAGAAAUGUAGUAGAAAAUGUGUUCGGCAUAUGUGCAUCGCGUUUCCGAAUUCUCAGAAGGCCAAUGGACGUAAAACCGGAUUAUGCAAAAGCUAUUGUCCUCGCGAUUUGUGUCCUGCAUAAUUAUCUCUUAACACGCAAAUCAGUAUACAUGCGGAGAUCUGACGUCGACGAUGAUACAAAUGGCGUUGCUGUGCGAGGUAAUUGGCGAACGGAGUUGGGGGAAAACGGAAUGCUUCCAUCAAUUAGCCCCAGCAGCAUUUUAGGUAGGCCAGCAGACAACGCAAUAAAUGUGCGUGAAAAUUUUAUGGAGUACUUCUUAACACCCCACGGUGAAGUUGGAUGGCAAUACAAUAGGACGAUACUGCAUAACUCAUUUUUGUAGUUUACCCACUUAGAAUAACAAACAAAUCACAUGAUAUCUAAAAA